AUGAUAAGAAAGAGAAAGUCAAAAAUAGCUGAAGAUGAACACCUUGAAGAAAAUGAAGAAAUUAUGGAAGGAAAUUUUUUAUUUAAUAAAAAGAAUUCUACAAUGAAGAGCAUAGAAGAAGUAGUUGACGAAAAUAUGGAAGGUGAAAAUAUAGAAUUUAAACCAAUGGAAGAGUUAGAAAAACAUAAGGAUUCAAAUAAAAGCAUAGAAAAUAAUAAGGAAAUAAAAAGUAAUGAUAAUAUAGAAAGUAUAAAAGAUAAUGUAAAUGUUAAAAAUGAUUUAGAACUGGAGCAUACUUAUUCUACAAAUAUACCAGAUGUAAAUAUAUUAGAAAAUAAUACAAAUGAAAAACAUGAAAUUAAUGAAGUGAAAUUUAAAGCCAUUGAUGACUUAUAUAAUAAAUAUGAUAAAGAAGUGCAAAGUUUGUUAGAAAGCUUUGAACUUUUAAAUUUUUCAGAAUUGUUUAAAAAUCCUUUUGACCCAACAAUUACUAGAGAUGAAAAAAUUGUUAGAAUUUUUUAUUUUUCUGGUUUUUCAUUUUUACCUUAUUUAGGAUGGGUUGUUGCUUCAAUAUAUGGAUCUUUUUGCAAAGAAAAAAAUAAUAAAAAUAUUAUAUCUUUAAGAAUUAUAAGUUCUAUUCAAUGUGCUAUAUUUGGUUUAAUUAUUAUAUUAAUAAUAGCAUUAAUUAAUUUAAAUGGACAAAAUGUGUUACAAUGCAGAAAUGAAGGAAUUUCAUUUAAAAAAAAAUUGGUAAAUGAUGCUAAAUACAAUGUUGUAUUUUUUGGACCUAUGAGCACAGAUGAUUGGAUGAAAUCUAAACUAUUAAAAAUUACAGAAGAAUUAAAAUUCAAUAUUUAUACGAUAAGUUAUCCUAAUCUCAAGCAUCAUACUAUAAAAACUAAAAGACAUGUAUUUUUAAAAGAUGCUUUAGCAUGUGCUAGAUUAAAAUAUUCUGAUGUUAUUCUAUUUUCAUUUCAAAUUGAGAGUGCUUUUAAUUUUACCAUUCCUUUUCUUGAAAAAAAUGAAAUUCUUGGAUUUUUCAGUUUCUCCAAAAAAUUCCAAAAAAAGAUACCUACAAAAGAAAAUAUAGGAAAAGAAAAUAUAAUUUAUUUAGCUCCGAAAGAAAAAAAUGUAUACGAUAUUUAUAGCUCUAUAACCAUGAGACUUUGUCAUGAUAAAAAUAAUAAUUAUUACAAUAUUUUGUACAUAGUACAUCAUAGUUUUAAUAAAUAUCAGAUUAGAUGUUCGAAAAAUUUAGCUGAAGACUAUAGUAUAGCUGUAAAUAAUUUUAAUUUCAAUGCUAUUGGAACUGAAGAAAAAGCAUCUAAAUAUGAAGAUGAUGAUUUCAAGGAGGUAAUUGAUGAUUUUUAUCAAUACUUAGUAUUUAUUAGAGACGUUAUUUCCCAAAAUAAUUUAGAAUUUUAUAGAAAAAUGUUAUGCAAUAAUGUUAUGUGUGAAUCAAAAGGAGCUAUAUGUGUUCUUUAA